AUGGCUCCCCCAAGCAGCCUCAUCCUCUCGACGCGGAGCGCCUCAGCAGCGCUCCGACAUCCGGUGAUCCGAAACUUUUCAACCACCAGACUCCUCGCGGCGAAGAAGCCGGCGGCGCCGCAUAAGCCCCUCGUGCUAGAGAAGCCUCUGAAGUUCAACCCCCCCUCCCAUGGAUCGCGGUUACCAAAGAAGCGCAUACCUCAGCACUAUGGCGGCCAGCUGUCCCAGGAGGAGAUUAAGGCUCAGGACCGGCGGGACUAUCCCACGAUGAUGCCGCCGCAAGGGACGUGGGCGCAUUGGUUCUGGACGAAUCGGACGAUUCACGUUGUUAUCACGGCGGGCACACUCCUGGUACUCGGAAUAUCAACCUACUUCAUGAAUUUCGCGCACACCUCGCCCUUCGCGCACCUUCUCCCUCCCAUAUCCGAAUUCUCCGAGCACCCGAUCGACUUUAUCCAGACGUACUUGGCCGUGAUGAAGAUGCAUAGCCAACACAACAGCCAAUUGGCGUUCGAGAGUCGGUCGAAGAAGAUGGACGAUGUGCUCAAGAGGCAGGCUUUCCAGAUGGCGCAUAAGACGGAGAAGGGCCCAAUUGAGAAGUACUUUGGCCUGGGCAGGAAGGAGCCCGAGGUGGAGGAGACCCCGGCCGGGGAGAAGCCGGAGGCUGUUGAGGAGGAGAAGCCUAAGAAGAGAUUUGGGAUCUUCUAA